AUGGCCAACGAUAGCGCACACGUUCAACACGGCGGCGAUGCAAUUGAGCGCACCAAGACUACCGACAGCACGAAGCACGGAUUCGCUUACCAGCGCCGAGUUUCGAUUACCGCGACUGAUGCCGAGUCGAUCUUGUCUGAGAAGGCUGGCGUGUGCGAAGACGACUUCAAGAAGAAGCAAAUCUUCAAAGGCUGGACUCUUCUCUGGCUAGCCUAUCAGUCAACCGGUGUCAUCUACGGCGAUAUCGGCACCUCACCACUCUAUGUAUACAGCUCGACUUUCUCCUCUGAACCAUCCCAAGCAGAUUUGCUCGGCGCACUGUCACUGAUCAUCUGGAGCAUUACACUCAUCGUCACGAUCAAAUAUGUGCUCAUCGUUAUUCGCGCCGACGACGAAGGCGAGGGUGGCACGUUCGCCAUCUAUACACUUCUCUCGCGUUACUCGGACAUCAUGAAGCGCGACCCUCGACGCAAUCGCAUGGUCAAGAUGGAACGAUACAACACGAAUGAGAUAGCGCCGAGCAAUCGUGGUAUACGGACAUGGCUAGAACGGAGCAGGAUCGCCCAUGCCAUACUCAAGAUCCUGGCUGUGCUUGGCGUCAGCUUGAUCAUGGCUGAUGGCAUCUUGACACCUGCGCAAUCCGUGCUUGGCGCAAUCCAAGGUCUGGAGGUCAUCAAGCCGGACAUCUCCAGUGGCACAAUUGUGGGAGCUUCGUGUGGGAUCCUGAUCCUCCUCUACCUGGUCCAGCCUUUUGGCAUCCACAGGAUCUCUAGCGCUUUUGCUCCGGUGGUCAUCAUCUGGCUGCUCUUCAAUGGUAGCUUUGGUGUCUAUAACCUCGCUGUUCACGACUGGCGAGUCCUGAAGGCUUUCUCGCCUUACUAUGCUGGUGACUGGUUCGUUCGCAAUGGUUCGACUGGCUGGGCUAACCUUGGUGGCAUUCUCCUCGCUUUCACAGGUGUUGAGGCCCUGUUCGCUGACCUGGGCGCUUUCAGCAGGCGCGCUGUCGGGCUCUCGUGGCUGUGUCUUGCUUACCCUUGCUUGCUCCUCGCGUACAUCGGUCAGGCCGCAUACAUCUCCAAGAUCCCGUCUGCAUACUCGAAUCCUUUCUUCCAGACCGUACCGCCCGGCAUGUUCUACCCGUCGCUCGUCAUUGCCAUUCUGGCUGCUGUUGUGGCAUCACAAGCGCUCAUUACCAGUACUUUUCAACUGCUGUCACAAGUCAUGAAUGCCAGCUACUUCCCACAUAUCACUAUGAUCUACACCAGUGAUAGAUUCCAUGGUCAGGUCUACAUCCCAAUGGCCAACUGGCUAAUGAUGAUCGGCACUGUCAUUGUGACAGCAGUCUACAGCAACACGACUCGCCUUGGCCACGCAUAUGGAGUUUGUGUCAUUCUCGUCACCUUCAUCACCACAAAUCUGGUCACUCUGGUCGCCAUUAUUGUCUGGCGCAUUCACCCUGCCAUCGUCUUCGCAGUGUGGCUGCCUUUCGUCCUGCUCGAUGGGCUGUAUCUCACCUCCGCUCUCACCAAGGUGCCUAGCGGUGCUUGGUUCACUUUGAUGCUGGCAUUCCUCCUCGCGUCCUUCUUCAGCCUUUGGCGAUAUGGCAAAGAGAAGCAAUGGACGUGCGAGGCUACAAAUCAUCUCGACCUCUCCGACCUUGUUGCGAAAAGCACGCUUACAACCGGCGUGGAAGCGAUUAGCGACAGAGGCACAACUCUUGCUCUCUCCCCUCGCUGUGGUAGCGGCGAGCUGACUACUAUCAACGGCAUGGCCAUCUUCUUCGACAAAUCUGGUGACUAUGCCCCACCAGUCUACGAGCAGUGGCUUCGCAAGUUUCGCGCUCAGCCUUCGGUUGUGGUGCUUAUGCACAUGCGUGCCAUCUCUCGUCCUUACGUCGAUGAAGAAGAGCGCUACACAGUCUCUCGCACCAGUGUACGCAACCUCUACCGACUGACGAUCCGACACGGCUACAACGACCACGUCAUUACGCCCGAUCUUGCAAGGCUGGUAUACGAGCAACUUCGAGCUGCAAUCGUUCGAGGUGGGGUCAAACCUGCGCCUACUGAAGAUGUGGCGAUUGUUGGUGCUACUGGAGCAGAGCAUCCUGGAUUGCAAUCGAGGCUACGGACUCUUGAUGAGGCAUACGAGACCCAGACGCUGUAUCUGGUUGGCAAACAGCAGAUGAGGGUGAGCAGGCAGUACAAUUUUGUGAAAAAGACGCUGCUCGAGGCGUUCUUGUGGGUGAGGGACAACUCCCGAGGCAGGAUUGAGAGAUUGAAUGUGCCAAUCGAGAAGCUGGUUGAGGUUGGCUUUGUGGGUGAGGUGUGA